CCUCUGGUGAGUCACCCGCCGGGCCAUAAAGCGUGCCAUUCUCACGAAGAGGCUUCAGAAGUCAAGCAAGGCUGCGCUGGGUCGGAAGGGCUUGGACGACGGUGAACUUUUCAAGGAGCCAAGGAAACCGCGUGGACGCUUCAGAGGAGUCUCGCUUUCGACGUGCUCACUCCUGGACCCGCUUGCACGGCGCGCAACGCUUUGGGAAAUGCUGCUCCCCUGCGCCGUCCUCUUUGCCCUCCUGGCUUUGAGCCACGCUGUUAAUCCUUGCUGUUCAAAUCCAUGCCAUAACAGAGGAGUGUGCAUGACAACAGGUUUUGACACAUAUGCUUGUGACUGUACACGAACUGGAUAUUACGGGGAAAACUGCACUACACCUGAAUUUUUGACCUGGCUGAAACUGAAAUUGAAGCCUACUCCUGACAUGGUCCACUACAUACUCACUCACUUCAAAGGUGUCUGGAACAUCAUCAACAACAUCCCAUUCCUUCACAGAGCCAUCAUGACAUAUAUAUUGAUGUCAAGAUCCCACUUAAUAGAGAGUCCACCAACAUAUAACGGCCAUUACAGUUACAAAAGCUGGGAAGCCUACUCAAACCUUUCAUACUACACUCGAAGUCUUCCACCAGUGGAACACAACUGCCCUACUCCGAUGGGUAUUAAAGGCAAAAAGGAGCUUCCAGAUUCUCAAAUCAUUGUGGAGAAAUUUUUGAUGAGGAGAAAAUUUAUACCUGACCCUCAAGGCACAAAUGUGAUGUUCACAUUUUUUGCCCAACACUUCACUCACCAGUUCUUCAAAACAGAUCACCGCAAAGGACCAGAGUUCACAAAAGGCCUUGGACAUGGGGUUGAUCUGAGUCACAUUUAUGGAGAGACUUUAGACAGACAGAUGAAACUGAGACUACUUAAGGAUGGAAAACUCAAAUUUCAGAUGAUCGAUGGAGAAAUGUAUCCACCCACAGUGAAAGACACUCAGGCAGAAAUGAUCUAUCCACCCCAUAUCCCUGAGCACUUGAGAUUUUGUGUAGGGCAAGAGGUCUUUGGUUUGGUUCCAGGACUGAUGAUGUAUGCGACAUUGUGGCUACGGGAACACAACCGGGUGUGUGACGUUCUUAAAGGGGAGCACCCAGAAUGGGACGAUGAACAGCUGUUCCAAACAACCAGGCUGAUCUUGAUAGGUGAAACCAUUAAGAUUGUGAUUGAAGACUAUGUACAGCAUUUAAGUGGCUAUCACUUCAAGCUGAAGUUUGAUCCAGAGCUGCUCUUUAACCAACGAUUCCAGUAUCAGAACAGAAUAGCAGCCGAGUUCAACACCCUCUACCACUGGCAUCCUCUUCUGCCUGAUACUUUUAACAUUCAGGACCAAGAAUAUACUUAUCAGCAGUUUGUCUACAACAAUUCCAUUAUGCUGGACCAUGGCCUUUCUCACAUGGUACAAUCUUUCUCCAAGCAAAUAGCUGGAAGGGUAGCUGGAGGCCGGAAUGUUCCAGUUGCAGUUCUGAAAGUGGCUAAAGCUUCUAUUGAUCAAAGCCGGCAGAUGAGGUACCAAUCCCUGAAUGAAUAUCGCAAACACUUCCUCCUGAAGCCUUUCCAGUCGUUUGAAGAGCUUACAGGAGAGAAAGAAAUGGCUGCUGAACUCAAAGAGCUUUAUGGAGACAUCGAUGCGAUGGAGCUGUAUCCAGCUCUUUUAGUAGAAAAACCACGUCCUGGAGCCAUCUUUGGUGAGACCAUGAUUGAACUUGGAGCACCGUUCUCCCUGAAAGGACUCAUGGGAAAUGCAAUUUGCUCUCCUGAGUACUGGAAGCCAAGCACUUUUGGGGGCAAAGUAGGCUUUGACAUUGUGAACACAGCUUCGCUCCAAAGACUUGUCUGCAAUAACGUGGCCGGCUGUCCUCUUACAGCAUUCCACGUGUUGACCCAAGAAACAAAGGCAACAAGCAACACCAGCACCACCAGUGCAUCGUUAGAUGAAAUCAAUCCAGCAGUACUACUAAAAGAGCGGUCUGCAGAACUAUAGGAACAACUAUUUGUGGUUUUCUUAUUUAUUUAUUUAUGUAAUUAACUAUAUAUUAAUAAUUAUUUUUUAUUGUUAUAAUUUAUACAUCAAUCCAAAAACCGGGGAUUUUUAUACCUUGGUUUCUAUGCUUUGGUGACCAAUGUAAAGGGAAGUUCUGCUCAUUUUUGCAGGACAGAAUCUCUUGAUGUGUUUGUGUGUGUGUUUUAAAAUGUAAUGUCUUCUGUACCAGAAAAAUGUAUUCCAAAAUGGAUAAAGGCAUUUGGAUUGCUGCUUAAACUUGAAUGCAAACAACAGUUUUGUGGUGUUUAAAAACUUGAUUGUGUUAGGGAACCAGGUUAUGCGCCAUUUUCCACAAACCAUUUGCAGGAAAAUCAGUCAGCCCUCCAAAUGUUGUCAGAUUGCAGCUCCUAAUAGUCCUAGCCAGUGGUGAGGAAUUCUGGGAGAUGUCUUACAGCAGGAUCUAGAGAUUCCUGUAUUACAGAAAUAUUAGCCAAUGAAGGGGGGUAGCAUAGUCAAAACCAAGCUGGUUCGAAGCACUUAUUUGCAAGCACUUAUUUGCAGGAAAUGUAGGAUACAAAAUAUUUAAAUUGGGCUUUCUGUUAACUGGUAUAAAGUCAGAAAAUGGAAAACUGAUUUUCACUACCUCUCUCAUAUGAAGCACCAUAAGAUUUUGAAGAUGGGCUAAACUUUAUACAUAAUACAAAUGUAUAUCUUGAUAGGCAGGGCCUCUCCUUAAAAAAAUUGUAAACUUUUUUUUAUAAAUAGUGUAUAAAUGCUGGGUGCUAAUUAGUAAUAGUGCACUGUAUGAUGCCAGUCAAUGAAACAUGUCUUCUGUUCUGAAUGUACAUACAGCAAAUAAAUGUUUCUACAUUAUAAGAAAUUGUAAUAUUUAUCUCAGCCUGCUGGUCUAGGUUGGGUGUCCUCGUUGCUGCUGUGGAUGCACAGGCUGAUAAUUAUGUUUGUUGUGGCCUAAUUCCAGAGAAAGUUGUACACUGGCUCUCUCAUUGGACUUCAAGAGUAUAUUUCUUUAAAUCCUCCCCUCAAGACACUUUUGGGAUCAUCUUACAAAUCAGAAAGAAGGUGUUCCCUAUCCACAGGCUUACAAUCUAAAAGAAGAUACACAAAAGGAAAAGACAUUGAGAGGAAAGUGGAGGAAAAACUCAGGCACUACAUGGACUAAUUCUCUCUGGACUGUGGCCUUUAUUUAUAAUGAGUAAUGUAAUUUUAAUAUCUAUUUUUUACAUUCCAAGAUUUGUUAAAUGAAAAAUAGUGUUGGAAAAAAUAAAUUAUCUAAAGCUAA